UAAAAUUGUUUUUAUGCUAGUUGGCGCCCAAUUUUGUUAAGAUUUGCAUUUAUAACAUUGUUAAAAUGUCAAACAAAGCGGACAAGCUGCUUAAACAGGCCAUUAAGGAGCAGCAGAAACGCAUGAAGCCCGGCGAAUGCCAGAAAUAUGUGCGCUUGGUGCUGGACGCGGGCCUGUUGCGCAUUGCAUGGGGUCAGGAGCUAAUUGGGAAGUUAAACAAUACGGAUUUGAAGUACGAAAUACGCACUUUGCCCGCCCGCAAUAGCAUUAUUUGGGAGCGAAAUGUAGGUCAGCAGACGCUUGCGGCGGGUGCCGAACUGGACGAUGCCUGGCACAUGGAGCAACAAGUUUUGGUGAUCUUCACCGAAACGGACUUUCAACGGGCUCUGAAGGAACAGAAUCUGGCCUGCAUAGGCGCCAAGUUACACGAUGCAUUUCCCGCACCCAAUUGCCAGUUCACGGUGGUUGUGCCACGUCUUCGCCAGAGCAAACACAGCGCUGUCAGCAGCGAGGCGGACGCGCUGAUUGAGCUGCAACUGCUGCAGCAGCUGCACGUGGAGCAACUGGCUCAGCCCCAAUGCCAGGAGUUGCUGGCACUGCUGCAACGCUACACAAAAGCCAUAGCGGAGAAGCCCUACAAGCAGCAGCGUCAGGCCAUUCUGGGCAGCUUCAAAAAGUACCUGGCGAACGACAACAAACAGUGCGUUCGCGUGGAACAGGGCAACGGCUAUGGACGCCUCUGGCAGCAGCACCUAAACAGACUGCCACUGGUCACGCUGGAGGUGGCGGAAGCCAUCAUAUCACAAUAUCCCUGCCCGAAGCGCAUGUUGGAGCACUUUGAGAAUGAUCCGCAAGCGGUGCAAACGCUGGCGGAUGUCAAGAUCAAGCGCAGCAAUGGGCCACAGCCGCUGCAGUCGGAAAGGCGCAUUGGCAAUGUCCUGAGCAAUAAAUUAUAUACACUUUACAAUGCUAGAGAUCCGAACACAUUGAUUUAGGUAUAGAUUUAGGCCGUUUAUUCAGCUGCUCAUAAUUUACAAUCGAUCGUUUAAGUGCUUAAAUAAUAUUUAUAUAUGUACAGUUUUCUAUUUCGUUAGAUAGUUUAUAUUAAAAAUCACAAUAUUUUUAUACGCGUGUCUCUUAAAAAUGUACAUAAUUGUUUAAUUAGUUUAAGUUCUAGUUUUGAAAUGACUAUACACCUGAACAAUUUGUUGAUAGAUAUUUCGAUUUGGCGCGUAGAAAAUACUAUUUAAAAUUACGGAUUUUCGAUUUACAAAUUAAUAAAAAUUCUAUACGAUAUUAAUUCAAAUAUAA